AUGGAGUCGCUCCGCGUCCAGCGGCUGCAGCCGGGCGUCGGCGGGACCCUGCGCUCGCUGCGGCCCGGCGUGACGGCGGGGGCGCUGCUCCCCUCGGCCGCCUCGGCGCCGCCCCUGGGCGGCGGGGGCGGCGGCGAGCCCGACUGCGAGUGGGACCCCGGGCCGCCGCCCCCGCCGCCGCUCCCGCCCUCCCUCCUGCCCGGGGUGACGGCGGGGGCCGCCGCCUCGAGCCCCCCGGGAGGAGGAGGGGCCGCCGCGGGGCCGCCCGCCGUCCUGAGGGAGGCCGUCGAGGCCGUGGUCCGGAGCUUCGCCAAGCACACGCAGGGAUACGGCCGCGUCAAUGUUGUUGAAGCGCUUCAGGAAUUCUGGCAGAUGAAGCAAUCACGUGGUGCUGAUCUGAAAAAUGGCGCUCUGGUGGUUUACGAGAUGGUUCCAUCCAACAGUCCUCCUUACAUUUGCUAUGUUACGUUGCCAGGAGGGAGCUGUUUUGGCAGUUUUCAGUUUUGUCCAACGAAGGCCGAAGCCAGGAGAAGUGCUGCAAAAAUUGCACUGAUGAACUCAGUCUUCAAUGAACAUCCAUCCCGUAGAAUCACAGAUGAAUUUAUUGAGAAAAGUGUUAUCGAGGCCUUGGCAUCUUUCAAUGGCAACAGAGAGGAAGCAGAUAGCCCAAGUACAGGUAUUGGUGCUUUCCGCUUCAUGUUGGAGUCCAACAAAGGGAAAUCCAUGUUAGAGUUCCAGGAGCUAAUGACAGUUUUCCAGCUGCUACACUGGAAUGGUAGCCUUAAAGCCAUGCGGGAGAGGCAGUGUUCACGACAGGAGGUGCUGGCACACUAUUCCCACCGUGCUCUGGAUGAUGACAUACGGAACCAGAUGGCAACGGACUGGGUCAACCGGGAGCAGAACAUCCCAGGGGCCCUUUCCAGGGAGCUGGCCUCGACAGAGCGGGAACUGGAUGAAGCUCGGCUCGCCGGAAAAGAGCUGAGAUUUCACAAGGAGAAGAAAGACAUCUUGAUGUUGGCUGCUGGCCAGCUGGGGAACAUGCAUUCUUCCAACUGCUAGGACCCCAACGUAGCCCUUCCUCUCUCCU